AUGGCGGAACUCCCCCAAGGAAAAGGCGGGCCUACCGACCUCCCACAUCAUCGAUUCACCACCAAAAACCCCGCCCCGGCCUCCGAUGCCGAUCGCAAGCCCUCCGAAACCGAAGAACCGGAUAGAGGCCGGGACCGGGAUCGGGACCGAAGCACACCGGGAGAAAAAGACGCCAUUCAAGAUGCCGAGCGCCGGCGCAAGCACGAGCACGAGCAUGAGCACGAGCACGAGCAUCCUUACGAACAACCCGGCGAGCACGACGACGACGAGCACGACUCGGGAAGCGACGUCGAAUCCCACGCCACCUCCGACGCCCCCGCCGACCGCGUGCCCACGCGCUCCUCCUCCACACAUUCUAGGGCCGCUUCCAUCGUGCCCCGGACCAAGCGCAGGGGCCUGCUCGGCUCCUUGACCGUCGUGCCCGAGGUCGACCGGCCCUACGAUUAUAGCCGCAAGACCAAAUGGAUGCUCACCUGCGUUGUUUCUCUGGCUGGUGUUGCCGCUCCCCUCGGAUCUAGCAUCUUUUACCCCGCUCUUGGCAUCAUGGCUCAAGAGUUCCACACCACUCAAACAAUUACGAAUCUGUCCAUCGCCAUGUACAUGAUCGCCAUGUCCAUCUUCCCGCUCUGGUGGUCCUCCUUCUCCGAAGAAUUCGGCCGCCGCACCAUCUACGUCGUCGCCUUCUCCCUCUUCGUCGUCUUCUCCGUCCUCAGCGCCGUCAGCACCAGCAUUUCCAUGCUCAUCGUCAUGCGCCUGCUCAGCGGCGGCGCUUCCGCCUCCGUCCAGGCCGUCGGCGCCGGCACCAUUGCCGACAUUUGGGAGGUCCGCGAGCGCGGGAGGGCCAUGGGCUUCUUCUACCUCGGUCCCUUGCUGGGGCCUCUGCUCGGCCCCAUCAUCGGCGGCGUCCUCGCCCAGGAGCUCGGCUGGAGGUCCACCAUGUGGUUCGUCACCAUCUACGGCGGCGUCCUCCUCGUGCUCAUCGUCUUUUGCCUCCCCGAGACCCUCGCCGCCCGCCAUUCGCACGCCGCCCUCCGCCCCGUCCCCACCCGCGAGUCUACCGUCUCCUCCCUCAGCGUCCACGCCAAGCGGGGCUCCGAGUUCCUCCGGCGCAUCUUCCUCAACCCCUCCGCGUCAUCGCCAUGCUGCGCUUCCCCCAUUCUCCUCACCGUCAUCUGGGCCGCCGUCACCUUUGGCUCCCUCUACGUCGUCAACAUCUCUAUCCAAAACGCCUACUCCAAGCCCCCUUACUCCUUCCAGAUGAUCAUCGUCGGUGUCCUCUACAUUCCCCCUUCCCUCGGCUACGUCCUCUCCUCCCUCUUUGGCGGCAAGUGGAUCGAUCACAUCAUGAUUCGGCAGGCCCGCAAGGCCGGCCGCUACGAUUCCCGCGGGAAGCUCAUCUUCCUCCCCGAAGAGCGCUUCGCCGAGAACGCUUGGAUCGCCGGAACUAUGUAUCCCCUUGCUCUCAUCUUCUUUGGCUGGACUAUCGAAAAGGGCCUCCACUGGAUUGUUCCCUCUAUCGGCGGGUUCUUCUUUGGCGUGGGCUCCAUGCUAGUAUUUGCCGCUGCAACCACCGCGCUCACAGAAUUCAUGCCCAGACGCGGCUCGGAAGGCGUCGCCGUCAACAAUUUCGUGCGCAACAUUCUCAGCUGCGUCGGCGCCAUCGUCGCCGAGCCCGUCAUAUCGGCCAUUGGAAAUGGCUGGACCUUUACCAUCCUCGGCCUCUUUAGCUUGAUCCUGGGCUACCUCUGCAUCUGGCUCAUGAGAACGUACUCGCAAAAGUGGAGGGUGCAGAUGGACGCUCAUCUUGAGAAGACCAGGACUCGAUAG